AUGCUUGAACAACUGGUUACUGAAGCAAAGCAAGAAGAAGGCAAGACUGCACAUAUUAUUGAUACCAUGUUUACAGACUUGAUUGCUGCACUGAAUUCAAGGAAAAGGAAAUUACAGACAGAGUUGGUAGUGAACACCAGUAACUACAUAACUGAUGUACAUAAAGUUCAGGUGUCUGUUAUACAGAAGAAAAGCAGCUUGGAUGCAGCCAUAAAGACAGCAGGAGGGUUGAAAGCAAAGCAGCCUUUUAAAAGUUGCCAUAGUUUAAAUCAGGUUCUUUGCAAUUUAAAAAUGACAAUUGAGGAUGAAAUUUCAAAAUUGGAUAAUCUGAAAAAAAGAACACUUCCCAGAUUUUACAUAGAUGGUGAUAAAAGUACCUCCAUGUUUGAAAAGAUGGGGAAAAUUCAUUUUGAUAAGACUGAUAUAUACAGCUUUGGAGAUAGUUCUUUGAAACAAAGCAGUAUGGAACAAGGCGUCAAAAGUGGCACUUCACCUAGAGCAAAAACAGACCAUGAUCUUUUGGUUGAAACAAAUGAUACAGAGAUCAUUGCAGAAGAAUAUGAUGUCCCUCUUGAUGACAGUGGUACCCAAAUCCAGAAAACAGCUCUGUUACCAACUCAGAAGUGUCUUGCUGACUUGCCUCAGACAGUAUGUACACCAGAUGUCAUAAUUGAAGAAAUUAUUGAAGAUGAUCCUGGAAAAUAUCCUGAAGAUACACAUCAGAGGAAACUUGUCCAUAAACGGCCAGUACCAUUUGGAAUGAAAGCAGACGCACCAGAAUUGGUUUUUGUCAGUUGUGUAGUAAAUCCUUGUCACUUCUAUGUCCGGAUGCUUUCACAAAAGAAAAUGCUAGUUCAUUUGGAAAAAAUCCUGAAGCAGUUUUGUAAUACUAAGAAUACAUCCCCUACAGAUAUCUUGGAAUUAGGUGCAAGGGUCUUUGUUAAAAGUAAAGAGCAUGGAAUGUGGUGCCGUGCAACAAUUAUUGAACUAAUUCCGAAGCAGAAUACAAACGAGGGGAAACCCUGUGGUCCAACAAAAUACAAAAUUUGUGACGUUGCGAUGAUGCGUGUAUUCUUUAUUGACUUUGGACAUUCUGAAGCAUUAACUAUUUCAGGGUUUGCCAGUGAAGUUGCAUUGAAUCCAGAGCAUGCUGCUCUAGAAUAUGUAGUGACAGAAGACUUGUGCUCAGUCGUAAGGAUACCUGAUUUUCUUAUAGAAGCACAACUUAGAGGUGUAAAUAAGUUAGCGCUGAAGUGCUCCUUGAAGGACAUUGUUCCCAAGCAUUCAAGCGGAGGUUGGAGUAGUACGGCAAGAACAGAAUUUCUGAAAAUGGUAAAUAAUAAAAUUGUGCAAAUGAGAGUGUUCAAGGAAGAGGAAGGUGUUCUUGUUGUAGAUCUGAUGAAACCUCCAGCUAACAAAAUAAGCAGUGACAUGCCAGUAUCCCUCAGAGAUGCAUUGGUUUUUAUGGAUUUAGCCAGCUUUCGCACUGAACUUGCUGACCAGUCAGAAAAUUCUGUGCCACUGCAGUACUGCCCACCUGUGAUGCCCGAAGAAAAUACAGAAGCUGCCAUUGUUGUUAGUUACGUCCAUAGCCCUGGUGACUUUUACCUUCAGAUAGUAGAAGGCCCAGAAUUUGCAUUUUUUCUGAAAAAGAUUGAAGAGGUUUAUAAAAGUGAAAGUGGAGACAACUUGGAAAUCCUGUGUCCGGUUCAGGGUCAACCCUGCAUCGCAAAAUUUGAAGAUGGAAUUUGGUACAGAGCCCAAGUCAUUGGACUUCCGGGCCAUCGAAAAGCUGAAGUAAAAUAUGUAGAUUAUGGAAAUACUGCCAAAAUAAAUGUGAAAGACAUGCGCAAGAUAAAAGAUGAGUUUUUAGCCACCCCAGCAAAGGCCAUCAGGUGCAAGCUGGCCCAUAUAGAACCAUGUAAAGGAACAAACGAGUGGAGUACCGAGUCAAAGUACAGGUUUGAAGAAAUGACUCAAGAAAAACUUCUGGUGUGCUUUUUUAUUGAGAAAUCACCUGACAAUGUAUUAUCUGUUGAGCUGUAUGAAAGUGUCCCAGCAUUACCAAAUGUGUCUUGUAGCAUUAAUCGCCUAUUGGUUAAUGAAGGCCUAGCAUCAUGUGAAACAAGAGGAAAGAAAGUUCUUGGGGGAAACAGAAAAAGAGCCCUGGGUGAGAGUUGCAUCGACCAGAGUCCAUCUCCCCAACAGGGUGGCCGAGAGGGAAGCCUUCCACAAGCAAAAUCCAUCUCCGUAACAAGGAAUCCUCAGAUCACUACUGUUGCUUACAAGGAAGUGUGGGAUCCCCCUCCAGAAGCAACCUUCACAAAUGAGGUGGAUGUUUUAAAUCCUGAAAGUGUAGACCUUUCACAAGAUUUGGUGUUAGAUUGUAACCAAGAACUGCAAGUACGGAUUUGUUAUGUUGUGUCUCCAAGCAAAAUCUUUGUGCAUUUACCAUCAUCAGAAAAACUACUGAACAUGUUACAAGAAAAGAUGUCUGCCGCUUACAACAUAUCUGAGGAAGAAACUAUUCAGUGGGAAAUAAAUAUGAACUGCGCUGCUGAUGUAUAUGGUCUAAAUCAGUGGCAAAGAGGCCGGAUCUGUGAGAUUGUUUCUGAAAAUGUUGUGGAGGUCUUCUUCUUCGAUUUUGGCAUAAUCAAAACUGUUAAUACCAUCUGUCUAAGAAAAAUUGAUGAGCAUCUGACGGCAGUUUUGCCUCUAGCAGUGGAAUGCUCCCUAACAGACAUAAGACCAGCUGGUGGGACUGACCAGUGGACAGCAACUGCAUGUGAUACUCUUGCCCAUUACUUAAGUGGAGCUACUGUAAACAUAAUCAUUCAGGAGCUCUCUGAAGCACCAUUUCCUGUAAAAAUGUUUCACAGAGCUGAUGGAUUACAUACUGACAUUUCGGAAUACAUGAUUAAAGAAGGUUUGGCAUUUAGAAAAAGAAGAAUGGAUUUAAUUAGAGCAUUACCUGAGAAAUCACAGGAAAUUCCUUUAAAGCAAGAGAAUACUGACAUAAACAACUCUGAUGCACAAGCAGGAAGUAUACCAAGAUCUUCUGCACCAGAGAAAGAAGCUGAUCCUCCUGGUACUGAUCAGGAAGAUAAAGAAUAUGUAAGAUCUGUGAAUCUAACUGAAACAGUUGUAGCCUAUAAACCACCAGCUAUUCCCUGUUCGAACCACUUCAGUGCUGUAGUCAGCUGCGUUGCAGACAAUGGAACUAUUAACGUUAUACCGAAGUCACAAGAACAACAGUUAUCCAAGCUGAUGAGUGAUAUACAGAAUAACGUGAAAUGUCUGGGUCUUCUGGAACCCUACAGUUGGAAACAGGGAGAGUCUUGUGUUGUAAGAGGUCCAGAUACUUUGUGGUAUCGAGGUGAAGUUAUAGAAGUUGGUAGCGGCACUAUCAGGGUACGAUACUUAGACUUUGGAUACAUUGAAAAGAUUCCUCAGUGUCAUCUCUAUCCAACUGUCUUGUAUGCUGACAUACCACCUUUUUCCAUACUCUGUCAGCUGCAUAAAACUAAACCAGUUGGAGGUACUUGGCAGCAAGAUGCAGUUGAGCUCCUCCAAGAACUUCUUACAAAGAGACAAGUGGAAAUACAUAUUGAGGAACGAUCAGAUAGGCCAUGGGGAAGUAUAUCUGUUAAGCUGUUCUUUAGUGGGAUGUCACUUUCUUCAUUCAUGGCAUACCACAAACAUUGCAUCAGUGAAGAGGAGGAUGGGGAUAUACCCAAACUGAAUUUAGAAGAAUGCAUCAACGAGCCUUUGGAAGAAAACUGUGAAAUUAGUUAUGAGGAACUGCUGUUGUCUGAAGUAGACACUCCUGUUCUUCCCCCAUAUAUUUUACCAUCCCUGCCUGUUCUUGGAGCACUCUUUCCUGUUAAAGUAACACACAUUGUGUCUCCGAAUGAGGUAUACAUUUCACUUCUUCAGCCAGAGAAUUCCAGCCAUCAUAAUGAAAGAGAAGAGAGUGGAACCAGUUUGAAGUCGUCCUGCAAAACUCUUGAUGAAGCCUUGGCUUGGUGGAAUCAGAACAUCGAGUCCUGUCCCUGUCUAACUGAUUUUCGAAAAGAAAUGCCUUGCCUUGCACAGUAUGUUGAUGGCUGUUGGUAUAGAGCAAAACUCCUUUCUGUUAAGGAAUUUAACCCUGUCCAGAUUAUGGUUCUGUUUGUUGACUAUGGAGCAACAGAAAAGUUGCCAACAGCCAGGUUACGUCAGAUCCCUCCUAAGCUUAUGCAGUAUCCUGCUCAAGCAUUCAAAGUUUUGCUGGCUGGAUUUAAACCUUCUGUAUAUGAUGCAGAAAAUGAUAGAAUUCCUUACUGUCCUGAAUGGAGCAUAGAGGCACUGUGGGCUAUGAUAGAUUGUGUUGAUGGGAAACAUCUUCAAGCUUCGUUGCUGACUCACUCACCAGAUUAUACUGUGUUUUUGUACGAAGAUGGGUGUCUGGUUCACAUGAAGCUGGUAGAAAUGGGAUUUGCUGUUUUAAGUCAGUGAUGUUAAUAACUGACACAGUGAUUAAAACAAGAAUCUUACCUCAAGAGAGAGCAGCUGUUGUGUUGUUUAUAUUUAUUUUCCUGAC